AUAUUGUUAACUCUGUAUGUUCCAAUAUUCUUAUUAUCGGUAAUCGGUAAUAUUUUAGUGCUGGUUGUCAUAGUACCUAAUAAACAAUUACAAAGUGUGACCAACAAUUUCUUGCUAAAUUUAGCAAUCGCCGAUUUACUGGUAUCUGUUGUGUGCAUACCAAUGACUGCUGCUCAAAGAGUUUACCAACUGUGGAUUUAUGGUGAUAUUUUGUGUCGAGCCACCCCAUAUUUACAAGGGAUCGCAGUAUCAGCCAGUACGUUCACAAUAACAGGAAUGAGCUUAGAUCGCUGUUUAGCAAUUCGACAUCCAGUAACAUUCAGACAGCUUCGAACUACUAAAACAGUGCGGAUAUUGAUAUUUUUUGUGUGGAUUAUAUCAUUAAUUAUCAUGGUACCAAUAUUGUUAGUCCGUAAAACUGUGACGGAUGAAAUUUUACCCGGUGAAAAGUUUACAUACUGCAUAGAAAUAUGGCCGACUGCUAACCAUAGACAAGGAUUUGAUUUGUUUAUUCUAGUUAUUGUGUACGUAUGUCCUGGAUUAGUAAUUUCAGUGUGCUAUGUCACGAUGAGUCAGCGACUUUGGAUUCCUGAUAAACAUUUAAAUACUUCCGGUAAUAAAACCUCGUUUCGAGAAGGUUCAAAUCAUAUAACGUCCGGUAGAAGAAGAUUGGCUAAAAUGUGUAUAGCGGUAGCUAUUUUGUUUGCUUUGUGCUGGUUACCCUACUAUAUUCUUAAUACAUAUAUCAGUUUCAAACCGGAUGUGCAAGCAGCAAAUGUCGUACAUUUUAUGUUACUAGUCGGCCAUUUUCAUAGUGCUACAAACCCUAUCUUGUAUUGUUUCUUACACAAAACAUUUAGA